AUGAGAAUAUUAAAAGUCGAUAAUCGGGUUAAACAACUAGAAACUCCAAAUGAAUACAAUUAUGACUCUUUGAAAGCUUGUAAAUGUGAUUCCUGUGAUUAUUGGUCAAGCUUGAGUCCUAAUCAAUCGAGCGGUUUAUUUUUAGGUAUAUUGAUCCCAAUCAUUUGGUUAAUCAACUUAUUCAGAAUCAUCAAAUGUUUAUAUUUUAUAAACAAUGAACCAUUAGCAACCACGGAAUACCUUCAAAUUUUUAAAUCCAAAAUCAGAAUGAAAAGUAAUGUCCCAUUAACAUCUCAUUACAUCAAUUAUCAUAACAAUAAUAGAGUUGAAAUGUAUAGUUGCUUAGGUCAUAUUUUGACUGCUAUAAUAAUUUAUGGAUUAGUUAUAUUUGGAAUUGUAAUGGCUUUUGUAAAGUCAACAAGAGUUAUGAUUUGGCCACAAACUGAUAUUAUGUAUUUAUAG